CAUCCGGGCUAUCAGAGCCCUCCGCCCGUCCUUGAGAGAUAUCAGGAGUCCAAGAUGGCGGCCGCCGUAGUGAGGAGUGUCGGCUCCAGUUUGGGAAAAAACCUCCGAGAGAUCCGAAUCCACCUCUGCCAGAGGUCUGCAGCCAGCAAGGGGGCCAGAGACUUUGUGGAGCAGCACUACGUGAGUCUGAAGAAGUCCAAUCCAGACUUCCCAAUCCUGAUCAGAGAAUGUUCUGGAGUUCAGGCUCGAGUCUGGGCCAGAUACGAUUUCGGUAAAGAGAGCAGCGUUGCAGUGGACAACAUGUCAGCCGAUCAGGUGGCCAAAGCUCUACAGACUCUGGUUCAGUCCAAACCUUAACCCCCCUCCUACCUGCUGGAAGUGGUUCAGUCCAGGAUUGGCUCACCUGCUUCACUCAUUCAGUUUGUAUGUAAAUGUGUUGAUAUGAAUAAACCUCAAUAUUAUUAAUGCC